CACUCUCCUCUACCUAAAUCUCAACGGACUUAUCGAUGCUCUCUCCUUCCUCUCUUUCAGCCUUAAACCCACCCAAACUAUAUUUCAACCCGCACAUCUCUCUCACUCCCAUUUCUCUGCGUCCCUCCGGAGAGAAAAUCCUCGGAAAAUGCAGUUAUCCUUAAGUAUCUCCGUCUCUCCCCACACCUCACUCACCGUUCAAAGAUCAAACCGCAAUGCCCUCGAACCCCUCGCCUUCGCUCCACCUUCCAAGCCUUUGAACCUCCGCUUUUGCGGUCUCACUCGCGAGGCCCUCGGAUUCUCCUCCCUCCGUAGAAACUCCGAUUCGUUCCGAUUCCGGCUGUAUUCCUCCGCGCGCGUACGCCGUGCUGAUAAGUUCUUCGUCUCCGCCUCGCUCUCCGACAAUGGAAGCCCUCCCAAGACAUUCGACUACGACUUGCUCAUAGUCGGAGCUGGCGUCGGCGGCCAUGGAGCUGCGCUUCAUGCCGUUGAAAAGGGUCUGAAAACUGCCAUCGUUGAAGGAGAUGUGGUGGGUGGAACAUGUGUAAACAGAGGUUGUGUUCCAUCGAAAGCUCUUCUGGCUGUAAGUGGCCGGAUGCGUGAGCUUCAGAAUGACCAUCACUUGAGGGCCUUAGGUUUGCAGGUUUCGGCUGCUGGUUACGAUAGGCAGGGAGUGGCUGAUCAUGCAAACAAUCUUGCUUCAAAAAUUCGUAAUAAUUUAACCAAUUCUAUGAAGGCACUUGGAGUGGACAUACUGACAGGUUUUGGCACAAUUCUGGGCCCUCAAAAGGUGAAAGUUGGAUCUGACAAAGUAGUAACUGCAAAAGAUAUAAUUAUUGCUACUGGUUCUGUUCCUUUCGUUCCAAAGGGCAUUGAAGUUGAUGGGAAGACUGUAAUUACUAGUGACCACGCACUCAAGUUGGAAUCUGUUCCUGACUGGAUUGCCAUUGUUGGAAGUGGUUAUAUUGGUCUUGAAUUCAGUGAUGUAUAUACUGCACUUGGCAGUGAGGUUACUUUUAUUGAAGCUCUAGAUCAGCUCAUGCCUGGAUUUGAUCCUGAGAUCGGGAAGUUAGCCCAAAGGGUUCUAAUAAAUCCACGAAAAAUUGACUACCAUACAGGCGUGUUUGCAACCAAGAUAACUCCGGCAAAGGACGGGAAGCCAGUCACUAUUGAGCUCAUUGAUGCAAAGACUAAGGAACCCAAAGACACAUUGGAGGUAGAUGCAGCAUUAAUUGCAACAGGAAGGGCUCCAUUCACACAUGGUCUUGGCUUGGAGAACAUUAAUGUAGCAACACAGCGUGGUUUUGUUCCUGUUGAUGAACGCAUGCGAGUAAUGGAUUCAAAUGGCAAUCUGGUCCCUCACUUAUAUUGCAUUGGAGAUGCUAAUGGCAAGAUGAUGCUUGCUCAUGCAGCCAGCGCACAAGGAAUUUCAGUUGUUGAGCAAGUCACUGGAAAAGAUCAUGUGCUCAAUCAUCUAAGUAUACCAGCAGCUUGUUUCACUCAUCCUGAAAUCAGUAUGGUUGGAUUAACAGAGCCUCAAGCAAGGGAGAAAGCUGAAAAAGAGGGAUUUGAAAUAAGCAUUGCCAAGACAAGUUUUAAGGCCAACACGAAGGCCCUAGCAGAGAAUGAAGGGGAGGGACUUGCUAAGUUAAUAUACAGACCCGACAAUGGAGAGAUACUUGGAGUCCACAUCUUCGGAUUGCAUGCUGCAGACCUCAUUCAUGAAGCCUCCAAUGCAAUAGCUUUGGGGACACGUAUUCAGGACAUCAAAUUUGCAGUUCAUGCUCAUCCAACCUUGUCCGAAGUGCUUGACGAACUGUUCAAAUCAGCAAAAGUUAAAGCUCAUGUUUCUGGCCCAGGAGUUUUGAGGAAUUACGCAUCUCCAAGCAUUAGAAGAGAUCAACACGCUCGCUACUCAACAGAAAGAAAGAAAGUGGCUGACAUCUUGAAGACGAUUGUGGCCGAAAUAUUGGAAAGUUUGAUUUGGUGUUUAUAACGCUUUUGAUUUGGAAACUUUUCUACUUCCUAAUUUUGAAUAACGUUAUAUGAGGCCUUAUAUGGUUCUGAGAGUUAUCAACUA